AUGGAGGAAGAGGAACACACAGACAGAAAGCAGCGACUUGCCAUGCUCUAUCAAAAACUUAAUAAAAUUAAAAAGGAUCUUAACGAAGAUGACACGAACAACAUCAAUCAAGUCAUUGGCUCAAACUCGCCGGAAUCCUGCUUCUCAUAUCUGACAAACAUGGAGAAGAGAGGGGACCCUCACGUGGACCAUAAACAUCUAACCAGGCUAAUAGACUUCUAUACAAGAGUCUUCUCCAAUAUGCCGCUGGGGAAACACAGCCAAAAUGAGAGCUAUGCCAGGAUGUUGGUCAGAUUCGCAGAGCUGAAAGCAAUUCAAGAUGUCAAUGAAGCAGAGAACAACUUCAAUGUGGCGAGAUCUCAAAGCCAGAAGUUUGCAUUUGUCCACAUUGCACAUGCACAAUUUAAGCAUUCCAGAGGUGACACAAAGAAAGGCAUUCAAAUUUUGCAGAAUGCUUUAGAAGUGGGGGCGAAACCAAAGGAGCUGUUGGAGGCUGCUUUGAAGACCAUUCAGGCAGGGAACACAAUCUUUUGCCCAGAUGAUAAGGAGAACGUCCCAUUAUUGCCCCACAACAAUGUGCAGGAUUCAGUCAAAAAAGGCCCAGAAUUCCAGAAAGUUAGCAGAAUAUCUGAUGGGACGGGCGACUUGCAGCUUUCCAGUAUUUUCAGUUCAGGGCAGGAGAACGUCUGUGGCUCCUCAGAUGAUCAGCUGCCCGGAUGGAGGUCUGGUUCUCAUCGGAAGAGAGCGGUGGGCUUGCCAGGGAGAAUACCUGUACUGCCGUUCUCCAUCCCAGAGAAGGACGAUGAUGAUGAUGAGAAUGUAAACAGGAAGCCAUGCACACGAGGAGACGUAUCCAUCUCCACCGGUUUCUCCAGGAAAACAUCUGGUUCAAGCGUGAACUCCAUAUUUGGUCUGUCCUCCUCAAAGAGGAAUUCUGAAGAAGGAGAUCCGGUUCAUUUUAAACCACCAGCUCUCAGUCCGGAGCAAAACCAAUGGGAUGAGCAGGCCCCUGUUGACUCCACCACGACUCUCCUUCAAACCCAGUGCCCAAAAGACUCCUUAGCAUUGGAAGAUGUGACUUUCAGUUUCGAUCAGAUCGUCAGCUCCAAUUCCCCCGAGUCCUGUUGGAUGUACCUCCUGAAUCUGGAGAAAAGGGGCGACCCUCGCACAGACAUCAGCCUCCUCAACAAGCUGAAGAGCUGCUACUCAAAAGUCUUCUCCAGGCUGCCCAUCAGGAAGUACAGUAAAAACGUCAGCUACGCCAGAAUACUGGUCAGAUAUGCUGAGCUGAAGGGAAUUGAGGAUCCAGAUGAAGCACAGGACCACUUCAUAGUUGCGAGAUCCAACUGCAAAGGGUUUGCCUUUGUCCACAUCGCACAUGCCCAGUUCGAGGUGUCUCAAGGUAAUUUGAUCAAAGCAACGUCAAUUUUGCACAAAGCGCUGGCACUGAACGCCAAACCGGCAGAGCUCCUGGAGACGGCCAUGUGUAACCUCAAGGCCGGUGAGAAACAGCUGCUGUCUUCUUCAGAGGAGGAACCUCCCACGGGUACGGACACUGACCCAUCCAAAUGUCCAGUUCAAAGUGCUGCAGGUAGUGUAGUGCCAUGUGGGGGAAACCAGGAAGUGCAGCUUCCUGCCCGGGUCCCUGUGACCCGCCCAGUGGAACAGCCCAAAGCGGCCUGCAGGCAAUCCCUAUCAGAGUGGAGGAUCCCGACCCUGGUCAACCGCCAUGUGUCCCCAGAGGACAAACGGAUAACGCCUCCUGUUCCCAGACCUGUUCCCCAGCACGUGGAGUCUUUCCCCACUCCAUCCAUCCACCUUCCGGCCAGAAUAAACCCUCCAGCAGUCUGCCAGACGCCCAAUGGCUACAGGAACCCAGCUGCAAACAGCUUCAUCACCCCCGUCGCAAAGCGAGGCCCUGAAGUGCCAUCCUCUGCAGCAGCAGCACAGAGAAUGGGACCUGUUCAGCAUAUGGGCACUCCUCUUAACCAGUCUGCCUGUUUCCAGACCCCACAGUCCUCCUUCAGCGCUUUGUCAAAUGAGUCCAUCACUAUAAAGGGGAAACAGUUCUUUAUCCUGAAGAUGAUUGGACGUGGUGGAUCAAGCAAGGUCUACCAGGUCCUGGACCACAAAAAGCAGCUGUUUGCUGUCAAAUACGUCAACCUGGAGGAGGCUGAUGCUCAGACCAUAGAAAGUUACAAAAAUGAAAUUGCACAUUUGAACCACUUGCAACAGUUCAGCGACCAAAUAAUCAAGCUGUUUGAUUAUGAAAUCACCAACAGCUACAUCUACAUGUUGAUGGAAUGCGGAAACCUGGAUUUGAACACUUGGCUGCGAAACCGCAAGACAGUGAACCCGCUGGAGAGGAAGUUCUACUGGAAGAACAUGCUGGAGGCUGUCCACACCAUUCACAAACACGGCAUCGUCCACAGCGAUUUGAAGCCGGCCAAUUUUGUCAUAGUAAACGCUACGCUGAAGCUGAUCGACUUUGGCAUCGCCAACAGAAUCCAACCCGACGUGACCAGCAUCAUGAAGGAAUCGCAGGUUGGAACUCUGAACUAUAUGCCCCCUGAAGCCAUUAAAGACACUUCGUCUCAGCCAGGAAAAGCACGCUCAAAGAUUAGCCCCAAAGGGGAUGUCUGGUCCCUGGGAUGCAUCCUGUACUGCAUGACCUAUGGGAAGACUCCAUUCCAGAACAUCACCAAUCAGAUAGCAAAGCUUCACGCCAUCAUUGACCCCUCCCAUAGGAUUGAGUUUCCUGACUUAUCUGAGAAGGAUUUGCUGGAUGUGUUGAAGAGGUGCUUGGUUCGAAACCCUAGAGAGAGGAUAUCGAUCGCCGAACUGCUGGAUCAUCCCUAUCUCCAACUGAAUCCACAAGCAUCCCCUAAGCAAGAAGCUCCCUCCAACAGUGACCUGAGGAGGAUCCUAACAGACCUGGCAGCCCUGCAGUCUCCAAACAGCAUCAUCCGGGCUGCUAAUAAUCUGGCUAAAAUGUGCAACAGUGGCAGGAAGCUGGACGUUGCAGAGUGUGCGAAGUCAUCCUCUUAA